AUAGAGAGGAACACAAGCAAAUACAUAUAUACAUGCAAGAGAGAGAGAGAGAGGCAAACACAACCACCCACAAUCUCUUCAUCCAUGGCCUCAAAUUCCUUUCCUGAUGUAUGGUCAUGGAUCAACAACCUCCCUCCAAUCGCCCAAUGGAAAUCCAACCCUAUAUCCAUUUGCAUCUACCCCACAAAACCAACCCAUCCAUCUCUCAAUCUCUCAGUCACCCAAAACCCACAACUCUCUUUCUCCAUCUAUGCAGAUCUCCAUAUCCCCAUCUCUCUUUGGACAUCCAAACCGUUUAAAAUCAUCAACACCCAAAACCCAAUUCCUGAAGAUAUCAUCAUCAAUCUCUUCUACAAUUUCAUUACUGAUGUCCUCAAUUACGCCCCUACUAAUAUCACAACCUUCCUUAAAUUCCAAACCUUUAGGCCUAACAACAACUUCAAUCACGUAUUUAAUCUUGCAUUUUACACCCUCACUGUCCUUAUUUGUAUCUACGAAGCGCCCCAUGAUCUACGCUCUGUAUGCCUUAACGCUCUUAGGGCCCACCUGACGGCCCCACAAUCACGUGAUGCAUCUAAGCUUCUCAUGCGGAUCUUGGGAUCCAACAUCGAAGAGCAAUGGAUGCGAUCGUUGAAUCUCGCGAUCACGAAUUGGAUCGUGGAUAUCCAUCCGUUGGAUCGCUCUUUCCGUGCACCAUCACCGUUGUUUUCUUACGCAGUUUCAACGGUCGGACUUUGGAAGGUGCAGAUGUAUUGCCCCAUAAUAGCCAUGCAGAUCGAGAAAUCCAGCAAUGCUUCGCAUGAUGAACGGCUGAUGUUUUCUUUGAGGUACCAGCAGCUGGAGGGUGUGAUUCAGCUGGGCCACAAGAUCAAAUUUCAGGAGAACUGGAUCGAUGUAGCAGUCAAUGUAGAUAACGUAAGGCUCGACGUAAUCCCGCUCGUCUCCAACACUCUAAUGGCCGAUCGUGGGACCGGCGCCGAGGAGAAACACUUCCCAUCUCGCAUAUCAUUGCAACUCACGCCAAUACUCCAAACUAGCGUGCUAUCCGUCUCGGUCACCAAAUCGUCCGACAACCCAACGCGUGAAAUUGGCGUAGAAAAGACCAUCGAAGGUGCAUUCGAUCCUGCGAGCUCCUACGUGGGCCUAAAAGUGUCGGCCGCAGAGACGAUGACCAUGACCAUGAAGCCGUGGAAGUUCGAACAAUCCGUUCAUGGAAACAUCGCGACCUUGAAUUGGUUUCUUCAUGAUAGUGUGGAUGGUCGGGAAGUGUCCUCUUCGAAGCCAUCGAAGGCGUCAUUGUUCCAACCGAAGGCAUGGUUUAGAGACCGAUACUCCAGCGCAUAUCGGCCCUUCACUAAGGAAGGUGGGGUGGUUUUUGCCAGAGAUGAGUAUGGAGAGAGAGUGUGGUGGAAGGUGGAUAGAGAGUGUAUUGGGAAGACCAUGGAAUGGGAGAUUAGUGGGUUGGUUUGGCUAACAUACUGGCCUAAUAAGCAUAGGACCUUCUAUAGUGAGACUAGGAGAUUGGAGUUUAGAGAAAUCCUUCAUCUUCCUCUUGUUAAUCUAGAUUAGUUUCUUAUUUGUAGGAGAUCUGGACCAUUAAUCAGGUGGGUCAUGGUGUGGAUGGGUUGUAUCUUGCACACUGGUUGUAGGGUGGGAUUGGAGUGUGGGCAUUGUAUCUCUCAUUUUAUGCGUGAACUUGUACUUUUUAAGUAUCUUUUUCUGAUUGUGAUUAAUCUUCUUU